AUGUAUAACCUAGCCCAUCUAAAUGCCACCACAUGUGCCAGCCAGGCACAAAGGUGUUUCACCAGUUUACUGGAACCUGCUUUGCUUAAGGCUCACCAUACAGGUCCUCUGUGGACUGUUUUGCAAAUGGUACAGAGUGCUUUACCUGCGUUUUUUGACUGCUUUGGGGAGAGGCAUUUGAUCAGUAAAAGUGAAAUGGUGAGGAUUGAUUUCAAUAGAGAUUUACUACAGUCAUCAUUCACAGAGAUUGUUACUUCUGUUCUUGACAAGAAGGGAACAGAAGAGGCUGUUAAGUUCUUUAAUAUGUUGCAGCCAUUGCUAAAGGAGAUUCUCUUUUUAGAAGGAUAUAGUGUUGGCCUGAAUGAUUUUGACAUUCCCAAGGUUGUUACUGAAGAUAUAAAGAAGAAGAUUCAGGACAUAUCACCUUUGCUGCUUCACUUGAGAUCAAAUUACAAUGAACUUGUAGAGUUGUUAGUGGAAAGCUACCUGAAAACUAUAAAACUGCCAAUCGUGACUCGUAUUCUAAAGUUAUCUACUUUGGGUAAUUUGAUAGAUUUUAAAAAUGAUUUAGAUAUCAGUAAGGUUGUUCAACAACUUGGCUUUUUGGGGCUUCAACUUUAUGACCGAGGGAAGUUUUAUUCAAGGCGUUUGGUUGAGGAUAUGAGUUUCCACUUCCAAAAUAAGUAUUCUGUUAAUGUUGACUAUCCUUCUAAGGCAUUUGGGUUAGUUAAGAGCUCCUUUUUUCAAGGUCUGACCCCCUAUGAAGAGUUGGUCCAUUCCAUAUCAUCCAGGGAAGUGUUGAUCCGUUCUUCCAGAGGACUUACUGAACCAGGAACUUUGUUUAAAAAUCUAAUGGCUACACUUAGAGAUGUCGUUAUCUGUUAUGAUGGGACAGUGAGAAACCUCUGCAACAAUUCUAUAAUUCAAUUUGAGUAUGGACAGGUGAACAAAAAUAGUCCUGGCAGGUCUCUUGCUGGUGAACCAGAUGGUGUAUUAGCUGCUACUGCAGUAUCAAAUCCUGCAUAUAAAGCAGUUCUUGAUUCUUCUCAGAGCAACAACUCUUCAUGGGAAUCGAUGAAGGAAAUACUUUUGUGCAAAGUUAACUUUAAGAAUGAUAUUAUAGAUCGGAGAGUUAUUCUAUAUUUGAAUGAGUGCUUCUAUGGGAAAAUGCAUUGCAAGGAGAAUGCAGCAUAUUUAGUUCAGAAUCGUUUGAAAAAAGUCGCUUUAAAGGCAUCGACAAAUACCUGA